AUGUGGGAAGGGAGCUGGAGCUGUGAGCAGUGGAGGUACUUCGUGGACCACGCGGGAGAUGAUCAGGCGAAGCAGCCUGGUCAGAAGCAUGCGAUCGAUGGUUUGCAAAGUGCACCGCCAAACGCAAAGAUCCACUUCGCGCCAAGGCACGACAAGGCGAAAGAGGAUGCCAAGAAGGAGGAGGAGGCCCGCAAAGAAGAGGCCCGGAAGGUGGAGGAGAAGCGAGAAGAAGCCAGACGUGAGGCCGAGGCCGCAGCGGAGCGGCAACGGCAGGAGCAGCGAGACAAGGAUCGCCGAGAGGAAGAGAAGCGGAAACAAGAAGAGGAGGAGAGGGAUCUGGCCAGGCGCAGAGAGGAGGACAGGAAUCGCGAGCGAGAACAAGAGGAGUCACGCCGUCGGGAGGAGGACAGGCGGGAGCAGCAAAGGAAAGCUGACGAGGAGGAGAGACGCCUCCGCGAGCGGGUCAGCGAGCGGGAGCGGGCGGACCAGAGGGGUGGGUUUCAGGAGGUGGAGCAGAUGAACAUGUUCAAGGAAGGCUUUGCCCUCUGCAGCGCGCCGGCGCAGAUCAACAUCCCCCGAGACUACUGGACGCAGGUGGUGGAGCUGCCUCUGCCCACGGGCGUAAAGCUGGAGCGCACGGGGGGCGGCAAGGAGUCGACCCGCCGCGCCGCGGAGCUCCUCUCCGAGGCCAAGUUCCCGGUGAUCCUCAACGGUGCCGGGGUGAUCCUCUCGGGAGGGACCGAGCAGUCCGUGAAGCUGGCGGAGCGCUUGGGCGCGCCGGUUUGCUGCAACUACCAGCACAACGACGCCUUCCCGGGAGACCACCCGCUGCAUAUGGGGCCUUUGGGCUACAACGGAUCCAAGGCGGCCAUGGAGGUGAUGUCCAAGGCGGACGUGGUUCUGGCGCUGGGCACGAGGCUCAACCCCUUCUCCACUUUGCCGGGCUACGGCAUGGACUACUGGCCGAAAGAUGCCAAGCUGAUCCAGGAGAAGAAGGCAGCCUGGGCAUCUGAACUGGAGAGCCUGGACCACGAGCUGGACGACGAGGGCACCACCUGGAACCAGCGCGCGCGCCAGGAGGCCAUCAUGUCUUCGGACAUCGGCAACAACUGCGCCAUUGGCAACGCUUGCCCCUCCUUCGCCUCGCCGCGGAAAUACCUGGCCCCGGGCCUCUUCGGGCCCUGCGGCUACGGCUUCCCGGCCAUUCUGGGCGCCAAGGUGGGCAACCCCGACGUGCCCGUGGUGGGCUUCGCUGGGGAUGGCGCCUUCGGCAUCUCCGUGAAUGAAAUCACCGCCUGUGGGCGCGGGGAUUGGCCCCCGGUGACCAUGGUGGUCUUCCGGAACUUCCAGUGGGGCGCGGAGAAGCGCAACACCACGCUCUGGUACGACGACAACUUUGUGGGCACUGAGCUCAACAAAGGCGUGGAGUACGCGGAGAUGGCCAAAGCCUGCGGUCUGAAGGGUGUGAAGGUGCAGUCGGUCGAGCAGCUGGAGCGAGCCUUGAGCUCGGCCAUCGAGGGCCAAAUGAAGCGCGGAGAGACGACCCUGGUUGAGGUGCUGCUGAACCAGGAGCUGGGAGAGCCCUUCCGCAGGGACGCCAUGAAGGCUCCGGUGCAGGUCGCCCCCAUCAAUGCCAGCGACAUGGCGGAGUGA